GUCAGUGACACAGGGCGGUACUGAAUGGGUUGUGGGAAAGGAAGGGCCCCUCAUCUGGCUUUACAAGGACACAUGAGCAGUGGACCACUGCGUGGACGGACUGCGGGGGAGCGAUCGGCCCUAAAGGGGAGCAAACAUCCAUCGGCUGCGCGGCGCAGGCUAGCAGCGGUGCGGGUCGCGGGAUCCCGCAGCAGCAGGAGGCUGAGAGUCCUGCCUACCGUGUGAGCCAUGGGCUUCCGAAAGAAGAACAAGAGCCCACCGGCUCUCAGCCACGAGUUUGUUAUCCAGAACCACGCCGACAUGGUGUCAUGCCUGGCUAUGAUCAUCCUCCUGGGCCUGAUGUUUGAGGUCACAGCAAAGUUUUCCAUCAUGUUCAUCACAGUCCAGUACAACGUCACACAAGUUCUUGAUGAAAAGAAUGAUCUAGUGAACCUUUACCAGUAUGGACCUAAAGAUGUGGCCACUGUGUUUUUUUACCUUCUAAUUGUCGUCAUCCUUCAUGCCCUGAUACAAGAGUAUAUUCUUGAUAAAAUGAACAGAAGGCUGCAUCUGUCAAAGACCAAACACAGCAAGUUCAAUGAAUCAGGGCAACUAGCAGCAUUUUACCUGUUCUCCUUCAUUUGGGGCUGCGGCAUCUUGACAGCGGAGGACUUUGCAAAAAAUCCCACUUUCCUAUGGGAGGGUUAUCCACACACUCACAUGGUUUUUCAGGUCAAGUUUUUCUACAUUUGCCAAAUUGCCUAUUGGCUCCAUGCACUUCCUGAGCUGUACUUUCAAAAAGUACGCAAGGAGGAUAUCCCCCGCCAACUGUACUACAUUUGCCUUUAUGUUGUUCACAUCGCUGGUGCCUACAUCUUAAACCUCCACCGACUCGGUGUCGUCUUGUUGGUCCCUCACUACUUGGUGGAGCUCCUGUUUCACGCCUCACGCCUCUUCUACUUCAGUGAUGAGAACAAGCAGAAAGGUUUCACUCUGUGGGCUUUGCUUUUCGUCAUCGCUCGCCUCCUCACGCUCACUCUUUCAGUCCUGACAUUUGGCUUUGGGUUGCCCCGGACAGAAAACCAAGGCUUUUCUCUUGUGGAAGGCAACUUUAAUGUACUCACCAUAAGGAUAGCAUGUUUGGCAGCCAUCUGCCUGACUCAGGCUUGGAUGAUGUGGAAGUUCAUCAAUUUCCAGUUGAAGAAGUGGAGAGAAAACACCCAGAUCCAGGCCUCAAAGAAGAAGACAGCCAGCCCAAAGAGCAAACCUCACAAAAGGGAGCUUACAAGAGCUGGAGCUGCCAAUGGAAUUGUGAAGCCUGAUGAUAAAACAUCACCACGGGCGAGAAGAGUUAAAAACUCAUAACAACGGCGAAGUUGAGAAAAAGAUGGCAUGGUGACAUACUCUAUGUUCUAUACACCACUUAGCACCGUGUCUACUGCGUUCUAAACAAAAUCACAAGGAAACCCCACAUAGCCGUCUCUUUGGUAUUGAGAUUCCCUUUGUGAGACACACUGCGAGUUCUUAACUUGGUUCUCUUUCUAUUGGAGCUUGGCAAGACAGAGUUGGGUCUGAUGCUUUAAACUGAACCGAUUUCACUCUUCAAAAAAGUGUCCUUUUGUGUACAACCAUGAUCCUACGUUGAGUUGUUUUCCACUGUUAUGACAUGGAAUGAAUCCAAAUUUUGGUUCUUUAAAAUGCAACUUAAUGUGAAGUUUUAAUUUACACGUAAACUGUACAAGGUUGAUUGGUUGUUUGAUUAUUUGUUUAGUUGUUUGUCAUAUUUUUGUUUGGGCCUUAAUUAGUUAAACUGACCAAACAGGCUGCUGAGUCAUGUCCCUAAAAAUUAUGUUUUUUUUUUUUUGUCUUUUUGUUUUUGUUUUGUUUGUUUUUCAGGAAAAAACACAUCCCUAUUAAUCACUGUGUAUAGUAGUAAUGUUAUUUAGGUACUGUGUUAAAGUUGUGAGUUAAUGAUAAUUUAUUCCAAUUAUGAUGGCCAGUGCCUUUGAAAUCCAACGCCGUAUUGAGGCAUUUUUUUCUCAUUUUAUGUAAUCCUCACUCACCUGGUUCUCAGCUUCACCCUGCUCAAGGGGACUCUCCACAUCUGGAAGCUGUGCUCGAACCUCUGAGGCUUUAACGUAUGCAUACAGUUAAAUCCAACUAUCAGCAUGAGUAGACACUUGAGCAUGAAGGCUGCAACUCAGUGUUUUUGUAUGGUAACGUUGUCAAUGCAUGGUAGUUUGAACACACUGGCUAACGCCUACCUGUGCUAUUGAGUUUGCUACUCUCUCUCUCAUACACACACACACAGACAGAAGCAUUCAGUGGCCUUUUUUACAACUGCUGCAAGAGGGUUAUUUAUUUUUAUCACAGACUAUUGAUGGUUAUUGUAACCAGCAAACACAGCGGUACAUAGCAACUGUGUUCAGUUAUUCCAAACAAUACAAUCCUUCUUCAAGUGUCCUUAUAAUGUCAGUGAGCUGUAUCACUUGUUCUGCUUGUGUUUGUUCUGUCUGCAUUCUCAUUUUUUCCUUUUACAUUUUGGUGCCUCAAAGCAUAAACUGUUCCCCAGCUUACAUCCUGUGGUGCAAUGGGAGGUGUGUCUAUGUGCGUUCUGCUUAUUGUAGAUGUGUGUGAAUCAACUUGGCCUGAAUUAUGAUGACGACAAAUCUGUUUGUCUGUCUGUAACUUGUCUGUUGAAGAAAAAAAUGACAGCCUGUGUGCAGUGCAUGAAUUGUAAGAAUAUGUCAAUUAAAUCCUGCCUCAUCUGAUCCCCUGCAAACUUUAAAGAAUGCCUGUUACACAUUUCUGCGUGUAAAAGGCUAAGUUGCAAAAGUUGCAGUUGCUAAAUGUUUGUGUUUGCACACCCCCAGAUAACGUUCCCUUUUUUUUUUGAGUGCCUGUGAUUGUGUUUAGCUGCUAGGUAUCACUCAAAUGGUCCUGCCUGUUGGACCUUAUCUUUCCUCUCCUGGACCAUUGGAUCUGUGAAGAGAAAGAAUUCAGAGUUUGUUUGGAGUCUCAGUGUAGAAACAAAACAGGGAAGAAAUAAAAAUGCCAAUCCUGUUUGCUGCUUUUAGUUCACCAUAUUGAGAAUUGGGCAGUCCACUUAGAGUAGUGUUUGACGGUGUCUCACAAUAGAAAGAAAAGCAGAGGACUAUCGAAGACAUAAAAGCAACCCUAAAAUGUAAUAAGUGUCAGAUUGUAAAAGCUAUUUUUAUAUUGGGGUCGUCAGACUCUAUUGUUAUUCUAAAUGGUGUGAAUAUGUUUUGCAUUUAAAUAGUUUUCAAUCCAAGAAUGAAGCCUGCUAAACUGUUAGUGUGGGUAUAUAUUGUUGCGUGAGUGUAUAUUUAAUUUCAUUGCUUUAUUUAAGUUGUAUUUUGACCAUGAUCUAAUAAUCUACAUAACCAAACUAUUAGAACAAGGGUGGGCAAACGUUUGUGCUCAAGGGCUACAUUUGAUUUUUAAAAUUGACAGAUGGACCAGAUCAUUGGAGAGGUAAAAAAAAAAAGGUGUAUGUAAAAUGUGUAAAAAAAAAUGUAUGUGUAUUAUUAAGUACAUCGAUUAUAAUUGAUAAACCAAUAUUUUGAUACAAAAAGACACAAUAUUAUUUAAUUAGAUAAAAACAAUACAAAAUAAAUAAAUGAAAAUAUUCAUUUUAAUUUGCCAAUUUUAGGGGUGGAAAACUAACUUAAAGCAAAUAAAUAUUACAGUUUUGUUAAUAAUAUAAAUGCUUGGUGGCCCAGAUUAAAGAACAGAGCAGGACGUAUGUGGCCCAUGAUUUAGAGCCUUGCUCAUCUGCAAUCUGCAAUUUGGCUCUGCAUUAUGUACUCUACUGCAGUCAAACUGCACAGUAUAUUUGCCAAAAAUGCAACGUUUGCAAAAAAUAAAUAAUAAUAAUAAUAAAUAAAAUGCAUCACACAAUACACACAUUUGGCAUUGUUUGUUGGAAUGAUAAAUUGGAGAUGCCAUCAAUCCAUUUUCAGUACCGCUUAUCUUCACUAGGGUCGAGGGCGUGCUGGAGCCUAUCCCAGCUAUCUUCAGGCGAGAGGCGGGGCACACCCUGUACUGGUCGCCAGCCAGUCACAGGGCACAUAUCAACAAACAAACAACCAUUCACACUCACAUUCACACCUAUGGGCAAUUUAGAUUCUUCAGUUAACCUAUCAUGCAUGUUUUUGGGAGGUGGGAGGAAACCGGAAUACGCGGAGAAAACCCACACAUGCACGGGGAGAAAAUGUAAACCCCACACAGACGAGGCUGGGAUUUGAACCCAGGUCCUCAGAAAUGUGAGGCAGAUGCGCUAAGCAGUCAUACACCAUGCUGCCAUAAAUUGGAGAAAAUAAUCUAUUUGCCUUUUUAACUGACAUUUGCAAAUGCCUUUGCUUUGAAAAAGACAUGUUUUGAUUGCAUUUUUUCAUAUUUCAUUUUUGGAUGGAUUUAUUUUUAUGUAGCUACCUGUUAUGUGAUGAUUGUGCAUUUGCUUUUUCAAAUGUUUUCUCUGAAAUGGUCUGCUGGUAAAUAUAAAUACGGUAUAUAUUUAUGCAAAUUCAUGUGUGUUCUGAUCACCUUGUUGUCACUUUUUACAUUUUGUGUUU